AUGGCCGGUCGCGAAUUGAAGGCGCUGUUGAACAGUGGCGAGCAGGGCGCCACCUACACUGCUACGAUCUCGAUCGCUGGCGCCACUGUGGAGCUCCCCCCCGAGCAGAGGAAGUGCUUCUCCGAUGAUAAGCAUCCUUUCACCGCGACCUCAUUCGACUUUCUCGCCUGCGUGGUAGUUCGGAAGUGCGUGUCCCCGUCGCUCCAGGAGGCAAUUAAGGUGGUCCUCUCCAAUGUUGUCGCGGACAUCGUCGCUGGACGCGAGGCCGCGCAUGUGGCGUUUGACGGAUUGGUUGGAUGCAAAAUGGUCGCGUUCUGCAUCUGGUCCGAGGAAGUGAGUGACAAGAAGGCCUCCAACGUGGGCAUGUUGCUGCUAUUGCGCCCGGACCACCUGGGGCUUGACGCGGCCUCAACCUGGAAAACUCGCUUUGUCCGCGUCUGUCACCCAACUGCCGCGGCUGAGCAUCUUGCCGCGGUGGACCAGAUUGUCAAGUACGUCUGUUGCAGAUGUGCUGUUUUUUACGCAUGGUUGCUAUCUUACGCCCCUUGCGGUCCACUCGCAUGUGGGUUCGCGUUCGACCGAGUUCUCAACGACCUCGACGCGGUUGUUGGGCACGAGCAUGCUCCUCGCAUUGCCAAGCCGAUUGCUAGGACGCUGAACACAUUGCGGCAGGAUGCGAGACGUGCCGCUGAAGAGCUCGCGUUCAGGUCCCGGUGCGGCAUCGCAGACGCGGGAUCUCACGUUUCCGGUCGCGAUAACAUCGCUCUCAACACGGCUCUUGCGCUCGCGAACACAGAGGAGGGGGACCAGGGGAAACCGGACCCCAAGGAGGAGGGAUCAAGCUCUGACCGCGCAGAGGACGCCCAUGUGAACGCGCAGGAGGGUGGAGGUGACGAGAAUGCAGAGGAGGAGGCGGACGAGGGCGAGGGACACGGUCGCGAUCAAGACGAAGGGGAUGCCGCGGAGGAUGACCAGCGCGGUGAAUUGGAGCUCGAGGGUUCGGACGAGAUGGACGAAGAGGACGAAGAAGAGGACGAGGAAGAGGAGGAGGAGGUGGAGGAAGUCGCGGCCACCCAUGCCGGGCGGCCAAUGGGCGCGGUAGCGGGUGCAGGGAAGAGUAUUCGCGGUCUGCAGGCUGUGCUGUCCCCCCGCCCCGGGAGCGCGACCCGGGAGUACGCGGGCAAGAGUCCGGUCUUGGGCAAGCGGAAACACUCGGAGCUGGUGAAGAUGGCUCCUGAGAAGCUGGCCGCGGAGAUCCUCCGUUUGAACCAGCAGCUGGAAAAUCAGAAGCGCAAGAUGGACGAGGUCGCGUCCGCAGUGCCCGGUGCUCAGUUCGCGGUGGUGAUCACGCAGAAGUACGAGGAACUCGAGGCCACAGUGGAGAAGGUGCUAACCCACGUGCAGAACACGGACCGGGUGAUUCGCAGGGAAGCCAAGCUGGCCGCGAAUGACAGGUCGGAGAAUCGCGACAUGCGGGAGGUGCUGAAACGCGCGGCGGUCCGACUGGAAGAUUGCGCGGGGAGCAUGAAGGGGGUGGUUGUGGACUCCAUGGAGAAAGCCCAGAAGAAGCUCACGGACGAGGUCGCACGCAAGAUCGACGGCGCGUCAUCCAACAUCGCGGGUACUGCCGAGAAAGCGAUCACAAAUAGCGGCGUCACGAGCUCCCUCAACAUCAUCAUCACGAUGCUUUCCGGGCGUGCAUCACAGCCACAGUUUCCCGUUGGAACGGAUGGGAAGGUGGUGGACGAGGUCGCGGACAAGGAGGUUGGGAAGAAGGCCGUGGACAAGGAGGUUGGGAAGAAGGUCGUGGACAGGGAGACUGGGAAGAGGGUUGCGGACAAGGAGACAGGUAAGUGUGAGAGCAGCAGGGGUGGGAAGCGGCAAAAAGGGGUCGCGAUCCAUAGCGUCGUCGACCUUCUUAAGACCAAGGGGGGCGCGGUCGUCGACCAUGCUGCAGGGUCCACCAGGGGGGCUGCUGCUGCUGCUGGACAACCGCCUGCGACCUCGGGGGUGGAAGCUGUUAAUGGCAAGACCAAGGUUGAGGACGCCCCGCUAAACACCACCCCCACCAACGCGAUUGUGCCCGCGUCAGGCAACACGGCCGCGGUCGCGCCAGGACAGCCGGGACCCAGCUCUAUCGCCCCUGCCAUCCCCCCCUCUGCAGAUGUGAAGGCGAAGAAUCAGGGCCGCAGUGGUUGUAAGCCUCCUGCAGCCGCGUUGAAGCCUCAACGCGACGACGACGACGACUCGGACGCGGACGAUGAGGUUGAGAUGGUGCUGCAGAGGUUGUGCGGGCCAGGCGACACCAGCGGCGCAGGCGGCAAGCGCAAGGGCUGUGGUAUCCGCCCUCUGCUCAGGGGUGGGGAGGGGAUGGUGGGCGAACCGAGGCUGGGGGGGAGACAUCGCUGGCUCGGUCAUCACUCUCUCCAAGAGGUGCAAUAUCUGACCGCGAUCGCGGUGAUGUGUUACGACAAGAAGAUAGACCCCGGGCUCAAGCUGACUGCGCAGCAGAAGAGUGAGUGGGCCGAAGACAUCUCCGCGGCCGGGACGAUGUGCACCAUGCUAUUCACCACCAUGCACCUCCGCAACCUUUGCGGCAAUGUUGACAGGUACCACCACAUGUUCAAGACCUACCGCGAUCUCACCCGCCGCGGGUCCCCGCUCGGCAACGCGAUAGCAUGGGCAGCCGCGGUGGGGAAGGAGGCUGCAGAUGAGGAGCCCGAUGUCACCGGCGCCCAAGUGGGCCUGUUCGCUGGUGCGGUCGCGUGCGCCAUCGCGAUGGUGUGGGAGACCUGCAACGGCAGCGAAAUCGAGUCUGUCGCGGAUGCUGGAUACUCCGCGGCGCAGCUUGCCGGCACACCAGAGGAAAUGGCCCGCGGUCACGCCACGAUCGUGACCUCGACCGCGGUCGUGAACCGUCUCGGUGCGCGACUUGGCGACCCCACAGUGGUCGCUAUGGUCGCGCACGAGGCAGUAGACGUGCUGAUGACCUGGUGCGACUGCAAGAUCGCGGCGAAGGCGAUGGAGGCUAACGGCCUCUACCUCGCAUUGCCGGAGAAGCGGCUGUCCGCGAAGAAGAGGUCCGGGUGGAGGUGGUAG